AUGCGUGAGAUAGUUGGCAACACCACGCUCGACGACUGCGCACUACGCCAGAUUUGGCUUCGGGGGCUUCCGCCAUACGUCCAGAGUAUUCUAAACGUUUUCGCACACACCCAUAGUCUAGACCAAUUAGCUGAGGCUGAUGACCGUGCCAUGGAGGAGGCCCAACUUUUUCAGUCCUCAAUGGCAAACAUCGGGAGUCCGGAGCCAAGUAUCGUUCAACAGAAGCUCCUCAACCCUACUCCCAGUAAGCUCCCCCACGAGCUCACAGCAGAAGUGCAGCUUUUAUCUCAGCAGUCGGCCAGCUUUCGCUCAGCUAUGGCCACUAUUCAGACCACAAUCAACAAUCUGCAGACCACCCGCAUGACCCGUAGUCGUUCCCGGUCAAGCAACGGGCGCAGGCGAACCCCAUCUAGGGACGGUCUGUGCUAUUAA